AAUAAGUGAAGUGCUGGGUUGAUGAAUUUAGCCCCGCCCCCUCGUGUAGGAGGGCUGUAUUGGUUUGAAGGCGGGAGUCGAGUUACAGAAUCUCUCGAGGUACCUGGAUUCCGGAAAUGUCACACAGCAACAAAGCGUGAAGGGAGAUGUAGGCUGGGCGCCGAAACGAGCGUUAGCAACUUGUUCGUUCGUUUAGCCGUUUUGUUUCCGAAGUACGAAGGUAUCGCGGUCUGUAAAGGAACUCGCAGCGCUAAAGCCAUCAUGCCAGGCUUGGAUUACAGGUUUCUGGAGCGGCUGCGGAAGCGCUUUCUGUGUCCUUUGUGUAAGAAGCCCAUGAGGGAGCCUGUCCAGGUGUCCACCUGCGGCCACAGGUUCUGUGAUACCUGCCUGCAGGAGUUUCUCAGUGAGGGAAUAUUCAAGUGCCCAGAAGAUCAGCUGCCUCUGGACUAUGCUAAAAUUUUUCCGGAUGUGGAGCUGGAGCAGCAGAUUCUGGCUCUGCCUAUUCUCUGCAUCCACAGUGAGGAGGGCUGCCGCUGGGCAGCACAGAAUAAACAACUUCAGGCCCACCUACAGGUAUGUGCCUAUAAUGUGGUGCCGUGUCCUAACCGUUGCUCUGUGAAGCUGCCGCGGCGCAACCUCCCCGAGCACCUGCAGCACGACUGCUCUAAGAGGAAGCUCCGCUGUGACCACUGCUCCCAAGAGUUCACCGGCGAGGCACAUGAGAGACACCAGGACUUGUGUCCAGAGGAGAGCAUUUACUGUGAGAAUAAAUGUGGGGCUCGAAUGGUGCGCAGACUGAUGACCCAGCACACUCUGUCUGAAUGCCCCAAACGCAAGCUGUCCUGCAAGUACUGUAGCAAGGAGUUCCUCUGUGACACUAUCCAGCAUCACCAGAAACAGUGCCCACGCUUCCCAGUGCAGUGCCCCAACAAAUGUGGCACGCUUGGCAUCGCCCGAGAGGAUUUAAUGGCUCACGUUAAGGAAGUUUGCGGGACUUCCAUAGUGUUUUGCCCAUUUAAAGAGGCUGGCUGCAAAUACAAAUGCUCCAAGCCCGGAGUGGCUCAUCAUCUAGAGGAGGCCACCCAGUCCCACCUCACUUUAUUGUGUGGAGUGGUAAAUCGGCAAAGACUUGAGCUGAGGGAGCUGCGGCGUCGCGUGGAGGAACUCUCUGGAAGCCAAGACGGCACUCUGCUCUGGAAAAUCUCUGACUACAGCCGCCAUGUGCAGGAGGCCAGGAGCCGGACCAACGGGAGCUUGGAGCUCUUCAGUCCUGCUUUCUAUUCACAUCGUCACGGUUACCGCCUCCAAGUCUCCGCCUUCCCCAAUGGUAACGGAAGUGGUGAGGGCUGCCACCUGUCCAUUUACAUCAGAGUUCUGCCGGGCGAGUACGAUGGUCUGCUGGAGUGGCCUUUUCCUUACCGUGUCACAUUCUCACUGCUGGACCAGAGUGACCCUGCUCUCUCCAAGCCCCAGCACAUCUUAGAGAGCUUCAAUCCAGAUCCCAACUGGAAGAACUUCCAGAGACCUCAGCCUGGGGCGAUGGGGAGUGUCCGUGGAGGUUGCCUGGAUGAGAGCAUGCUAGGCUUUGGCUACCCCAAAUUCCUCUCCCAUGAGCAAAUGAGGAAAAGGAACUACAUCAGGGAUAAUGCUAUCUUCAUCAAAGCCUCCAUAGAUGUGGUCCAAAGGAUAAUCAACUGAACUCAACAUGAGAUAUAAGAUUCAAUGAGUUUGACUGUUUUUUACUGGCAUUCCUGUUUUUUUUUUUAACUGAAAAAAGUGACAAGAGAGAAAAAGAAGGUUGAUAGGAAGAUAUUAAUGGACAAGGAGAGGGACAGAGUUGAGUUAGCAACAAGGGAAAACUCAUCUCAGUAUAGAGCUACCCAUCAAGUUCACUUGGGCAAUAUUAGGAUGAAGUGAUAUUCAUCAAACUUUUCCAACGUGCAUUUAAAACAAAUUUGUUUACUGUUUUACACGGUAUGUGACUUAAACUAAAAAAAUAGCCUUAGUGUUUUGUUUCUUUCACAGUGCCACUACAGGGUCAACAGUCCUAAUAACUCAGCACUCAUCAGAACAUCUAAAGACACAACUAUGCUGGCUGCUGCAUCACCCUAGCUUCCCUAUCGCCCCAUACUUUUCCGUACAGCACAUAGCUCCUGCCAUGCACCAGUGCUUGAAUGUUUUUACACAAGCAAUUUCUUUCCAUAUUUCAGUUCUAGAAAAACUGAAAUGUAGGUUGUUUUUGAAGACUGUGCAUAUAUUUACAGAUGAUCAUCAAUCCUGUUAUCGCACUGUUUCUUUAUGGAAGCAGCAAGUACUUUACAUUAAAGCCUGUUCUCUAAAUACUACUUCCUGUGGCACUUUUACUAAAAUUACUUUAGUAACAAACACUACGGCAGGGAUAUGAUUUAUAAGGAUUUGGAGAUUAGGACAGUUAACUAACUGAGUAUAGAAUAUAUUGUCUUUGUUUCUAUGGUUCAUGAUUCAGGGUUUAGGAUUUUACAUCCAUUUCAAAUGAUUGCAUUGGAAUUCAUGUUACACCAGUUUGCUAAAUGUGAAGUCAUUUAAAUAAAUGGUGUUUUUUAUUGAAA